AUGUUUCACAAAGUCGCUUGUUACUACAGCAACUCUCUUUCCAUUAAUCUGUUAUCGACUCGUAGUGAUUUAUGCCAUUAUAAAUCGACGAACCUGAUAAGUCAAGCUGUUCUUUCCUUCAAUAUCGUGGAUACCGUUUGUGAUGUUGGUGGUGUAGAAACGACGAUGUUUCAUUAGAUGCACAGCCAUCACAGAAAUAAGUGCAGUGAUGGUGAAAGCACAGAUAAACAGCACUGGCAUAAACAUCCAAUCUCGAUCCGAGGAUUCAACAGGUACAGAGUCCUCUCCUAUACCAAUACCAGUUUCGUCUACUUGGGCGCCCGAGAAUCUCGCAAUGUCUUUCCGUCGUUUAUAGACAGCUUGUGCGACGCCUUCCACAGUGUCGAUGCGCUUCUCGUUCUUCGGUUUUGGGUUUUCAAGGCGACUGAUACGCAUCGAUAAUUGAUUUUUGUCGAAUUGGAAAUCGUCGAACAACAAGUUGUUGGGUGUGGCGAUUUUGUUUUGCAAAAAUUCGAUUAACGGAUAGAGCUGUUCUUCAUCUUUGAUGUUCACCUUGGCGGACAUCACCAAGCUCUUCGGCAUCCUUCUUCAACACCAACUUCUCGUCUGCCAAUGCAUCUAAUGGGAUCGCUUCUUCUGCUUCGCCUCUACUUUGCUCUGAUUCGAUUUCUUCGGCAUCAGCGAGGUUAUUCUUGAGAAUGAACAAACGAUUUAUCAGUUCAUUCAGCUGGUCGUCAGAGAGUUGUGAUAGAUCUGGAUUUUCCUCCCGCAGGAUUCGUUCGAUAUAUUCCUCAACUUCUGGAUCACCGCUCUCGUUUUGGCCAGUCAACUCUCCAAUGUCAAGUUGCGGAGCUGGUUCCUGGAUCUGAUCGAGAAUACUCUGAAUUUCUCCUUCUGGAAUUGUUUCUGCUACCUGUUCAGUGUCAUUAUCGACGGGAUCAACGUCUUGCUCUUCUAGUGGAACUACAGCAUCAAUGGUUCCUUCACCACCUUCAGAAACUUCAACUGGAAUCCUAUUGCUAUCAUCAGCUACGUCCACGUCUUCGGCGAUUACAGGAACUUCAUCUGCCUCGGAUUCCAAUGCCGUGGGAUCUUCGUUCAAACCCAUUUCGAUCAACUGAAUGAGGGCCCAGAUGUUGGCAGGGUUUCGUACUUGGCAGAAAUCCGGAUCGUACUGUAGACCAUAGUACAUUGAAAGUUUGAAGUAUGAAAGCACACAUUGUGCACGUUGAUCUGGCCAUUCAAGGCCUUGUUUUGCUAAUCUGGUAAGUUCUAAACGUAGUAAUUCCAAUUGUGUGUCAUCUAGAUGAUCUAUUACUGUAGGCUUAGGCGCCCCGCUACUUGGCGAGUAGCACUGUCCGAACACGCCGUCCAGAAAGCAGUACUCGUCUUCUUCACAUAGCGAGUCACUGA